UCCCACCAUAAAUUGGUGCCGUUGAACUUCUCUCUCCCAAAGGAAAAGAAGGAUCAUAAUAACGAUGGCCAUGAUGACGAUGAUGGGCGAGAUCUACCAACAAAGAAUCAAAACUAACGGUAUACGGAUCAACAUAGCUGAGCGGGGGACAGGACCACUGGUCCUGCUCCUCCAUGGCUUCCCUGAAUUCUGGUUUUCAUGGCGCCACCAGAUCACCCACCUGGCCAACCAUGGAUAUCAUGCAGUUGCACCAGAUUUGAGAGGCUAUGGUGAUUCAGAUUCUCCUCUCAGUCCCUCUUCCUACACUAUUUUCCACAUAGUCAGCGACCUCAUCGGCCUUCUUGACCACUUCAGUGAAAAACAGGCUUUUGUGGUGGGUUCUGACUGGGGAGCAGUCGCGGCCUGGCACCUCGCCCUGUUCAGGCCUGACAGGGUCAAGGGUGUGGUUUGUCUAUCUGUUCCAUAUGCUCCUAGACCUCCGAGUAUCUCAAUCCUCAAAUCCUACAAGCAAAAAUAUGGCGAUGACCACUAUCUAUGUCAAUUCCAGAAACCAGGCAGAGCGGAGAGGGCUUUUGCAAGAUAUGAUUAUUUAACAGUGAUGAAGAAGUUCUUUCUGAUCAAAAAGACUGAUGAGCUGGUAGCUCCACCUCACAUGGAGAUUAUCGAUUGCCUAGAGACCCCCUCCUUUUUGCCACCAUGGAUUACAGAGGAAGAACUCCAGGUCUAUGCAGACAAAUUCCAGGAGUCCGGAUUCACUGGACCUCUCAACUACUAUCGAGCAAUGGAUCUCAAUUGGGAGCUUCUUGCACCAUGGCAAGGGUCAAAAAUAACAAUUCCAGCGAAGUUAAUUGUUGGUGACAAAGAUAUAGGAUUCAGUGGUGGUGGUACAAAGGAAUACGUUGAGGGAAGCAUUUUCAAAAGCCUAGUCCCUGACUGCGAGGUAGUGGUUCUCAAUGGACAUCAUUUUAUCCACCAAGAGAAAGCUCAAGCAGUCUCGGAAGAAAUUCUAUCUUUCAUUCGUAAAUAUUCUGUAGCUCAAUGAUUUAAAUUUCAGAUGCAUCAGAUGUAAAAUUUCACAAACAAGAAUUCAAUGGUAUUCUAGGAGAGUUGUUGUAGCCAA